CCCCUUGGGCUCACCACGCUCUUCUGCUGCAUGAAUGCGUUCUGUGCCAGGAUCCUCUACACGACCAGUCCACCUCACUAGCCUGAUUGCACAUCCACCGCCCCCAGCUGUAAAGACUUUCAAGAGCAUUUUUGCACCUCGCAAGCGUCAGCCAUGCCUCGCCACGAAAGCAACAGCUCCCUCGGGAGUGUCGGACCCUCGCAAGAGGGCCUUUCGUUGAGUUUCGAUCCUGAUACUCAGGACAUUGAGAACCGCAGGCAAAUCAUCCUCAAUGGAUUCAUGCAAGCAUACGCCGUCAAGUCAGCCAAAGAAGCGGAGGCAUGCAAGCGCCAAAUCAGCAAAGUCUUUCAGGAGUGCAACAGUCGCACGGACGCUCUAGAGCGCAAAGCAACAAGCAAGCGUGAUGAUGCACUCGCCGAUGUCCAGGCAUCCUUGGACGCCACCGAGCAAAGUGAAAUGGGCGAAUAUAUGCGCAUGUUUGAAGAGGUUCAGCAAGAGCUAGAGCACAAGUAUCAAGGAAUCGCGCACAUCGCCGACGAGCUUCAACGCGCACAGCAAUCGACCGAACUCCAGGCCGCUCGAAGCAUGUACGAGGAGCGCCCAAAAAUGAUGGUCCGCUGGCGUCGCGAGCUUGUCCGAGAGCAUCGCAACAAGCAGACCUCGCGCUCUGCUCAGCAACAGGCUGUAAUCGACGGAGCUGCUGUGCUAGAGCACUACAAGGCCAUCCUUGGCAGCACGAUGGAGGAGUAAGGCAGCGCUAUUUUCGGCUCAACCCCCGCACUUCGCACCUGCACAAGAUCAAUCAAGAGAUCAAUCAAGGUUUGCAGCGGCCCAGCAGGUACACGUUCGCUAAAGUAGCCGCGCUUGAAUGUUCCUCUCUGUCCACACUAAUGACGAGAAAGUCACCCGUGUCAAGAAAAGCGCCCUUCGUCGACCGUCUUGAUCGAGCUGCGUAGACGCGGACAUCUCAGGCUUGACUGGCAUGGGGUGGUAUCAUUCAUCAUGAUCGCGAAGAGGGCAGAACUUGUGAUCGUGCUCCCAUUGUAUCAGCCUGCACAUGCACGAAGCUCAUACAAGAACUUGCUCG